AUGUCAAACGAUUCAGAUUUGUUUAUAUCAGUUCCUCGAUCUUCUUUACCGGAAUUCUAUAACAAAUAUCUCAAGUUAGUAGAAACAUUCUACUACGUCAAGCUUUCUGAAAUUAAAUCUGGGUUUCCUAGUCCUAAAAAUAAUUUUGUUAAUUUUAAAGUAACUUUUAUUUUAAACCACGGUAACGAGAAUUUCAAGUAUGAAGAGUUAACUGACAGAAUUCAGAAAUAUGUGGAUUCAACGCUGGGCUGGGCUGGGGAACGAGGCGAGGACUCGAGCUACGACUCCGAAUGUGAAGAGGAUGUCGGUCACCGCACUGCCUCUAGGACGCCGUCGGACACGCUCGCAGCCGAGUUUGCGGAGUACGUCACUCUCGCCCCGGUGCCACCGCCGCCUAACCAGGCGAAAAUAGACUUCGCAUUGAAGCUGGGUUAUUCAGAACAUCUAGCUCGCACGGCGCUGAUGCGUUUGGGUCCCGAUCCGCCCCGCAACGAGCUGCUAGCUGAGCUGAUUAAGCUGGCUUCCAAGCGGCCAAUUCGCACAGUUUCGCCACUACAGAUGAUAAAUCCUGAACCACAACCAGACCGAUCGCCAUUGAGGCAUAUAGUCAUUGAUGGCAGCAAUGUGGCUAUGAGCCAUGGCAACAUGGAGAUAUUCUCGUGCCGAGGCAUAGAGAUCUGCGUGGAUUGGUUUCGAGCACGAGGUCACAAAGACAUAUCGGUCUUUGUGCCCAAAUGGCGCAAAGAGGCCACAAGGCUAGAUAACCCAGUCUCGGACAGGGAUUGCUUAGAACGUCUCGAACGCGACAGAAUCCUACACUACACCCCUAGCAGACAUCUCGGAGGAAAACGACUCGUCUGCUACGACGAUAGAUACAUCCUCAAACUUGCUGCUGAAACCGACGGCGUCGUCGUCUCCAACGACAACUAUAGAGAUCUCGCCAUCGAAAGCCCGGAAUUUAGGAAAGUCAUCGAGGAAAGACUCCUAAUGUACACCUUCGUGAACGACAGAUUCAUGCCGCCCGACGAUCCUCUCGGUAGGUCCGGCCCCACUUUGGAUGCGUUCCUCAGAGCUCCUCCCUCCCGCACGGACCCCCCUCCGCCUUGCCCCUACGGACGCAAGUGUACCUACGGGAACAAAUGCAAGUUUCAUCAUCCAGAACGCGCCGGCAAACCGCACAAAACCGUCGCCGAAACGCUCUCGGAGCGAGCGGCGCGUCACGCCUUGCAAACGUUGAGCCUCCCGCCCGGUGGAUACCCGUCGGACAUGAAGAAACCUUUAGCAAGAGCGCAUUCGGCUACGCCGAGACUGGCAGAUCCCACCCUCGCCACGCACUUCGAUAUAGCGCAGCAGCCGGGACCCUCGCAGCCGAGUCACCAGCCUGAAAAGCCCCACAGAAAACUCGCCAGACAGCUGACUUUGAACCCAGCCUGUGAUCCCAGAUUGCACGCGACCGCCUCUAGAGUUUGUUCGGCGCCAGUCGGGGCGAUGGGUGCAAUGCCUCUCUACAUGGCCGGAGCGUCUCUAUCUCCGUGUGCCUCGGAAGGCGCCCUUCAGCAGUGGGAAGCGCGUAGACGGAUGCACUACCACUUGGCUAACAUUUUCCCAGAAGUGCAGGUAGUCGAAGCCAUGAAUGCGUACCCUGAGGAAACAGAUGCCCAGAAAAUGUGCGCUAUAAUCCUCGCCCGGUACAGACCGAGCGAGGCUACUCUUCCUCAUCUGUUGCAUUGA